AUGGUCGCGAAGCAUCGGGAAGUGCUUGAAUCGGCUAAGGCAAAGUUCGAGGAGAAGAGGGUGGAAGGUGAGAAGGAGGGCGAUCAGAUCGAACUCCAAUCCAACAUCGAUCUCCUUACGUCGCUGAUCUCCGGUGCGAUCAACCAGGAGGAAGAGCUCGCCAGGUUGAAGGGGCUCGAGGAUGAGGUGGCCGAAGCAGCCAAGGCGGCCCAAGUCUCCGAUUUCUCGAUCGGGAAGUUUAACCUUCCCGUGGUUUCGGAGGACUCGGUCGCGCGCAUGGAGAUCGACCCAUCGACGAGCAUCCCGGUUGGCUUGAACCCGUUCGGGACGAAUGCCGAAGAGAAGGGAAGCAACGAGGAGGAAGAGAAGGAAGAUGAAGAGAUGACCGUCGAGGACUGA